GAAUUAAAAAAAAAUAUAUCAAAGUUGAACACCAUGGCCAAAAGAAAAAAAAGAUCAAUCAAAUCAUAAGCCAAAAAAAAAACCACCAGUAACCAGUAAUGAACUCCUGUACACCAGCAGCUUCAUAGGAGUAAGCAAUUUCUCCAAUAAUCGUGGUAGUCAGGCAUUUGUUAUGCUGCUCUCAGGAUCCAAUUACCUGUCAGAUUGUCAUGAAUGCAAACUCUAAAAAACAGAAAGGAAGAAGAUCUGAAGUUUUACUGGAAGGAAGACGAUUGAUUAUUGAUGCAUUAAAAGCCAAAGCCACUAUGAAAGCACUAUAUUUCAGCAAAUUAGACGUUCUGGACAAAAUUCCCAGCAGAAAUGAUUGACUGUCCUGUUUAUAAAGUUCCACAUAAAAGUUUAAAGAUAUGGUGUGAAACAGAUACACCACAAGGAAUUUUAGGAAUAUUUGAAAUUCCAAAUGAAGGGGAGACAAUUACUUCAAGAGCUACAGAGUUACCAUUAACUGUGAUAUGUGAUAAUUUGAGAGAUCCAGGAAACAUGGGAACAUUAGUUAGAACAGCUGCUGCUGUGGGUUGUUCUAAGUUUAUUACUUUACCUGGAUGUGUAGAUAUAUGGAAUUCCAAAGUUCUACGCUCAGGAGCUGGAGGACAUUUUAGGAUACCAAUCAUAAACAAUUUGUCAUGGGACAAUGUCAUUAAUUAUAUCCCAAACAAAUCCACAGUUUUUAUUGCUGACACAAGGCGUCCAACAGAUUGGUCAUUAGAUGACAUCACAAAACCACUCUAUGAUGGGAUAGAUGAAGACUCUCAAGAUGAAAAAAAAUCAUUAGUAUCUUCUGAAGAGGAAAUUGGUGAUACUCAUAUGUCAAAAAGACAAGAACUUGAAAUGUACAAAAGACUACCUCUGAAUGUUUCUCUUUACACAGAAGUUGAUUUUACAUCAGGUGAUCAUACUGUGUUGAUUGUAGGAGGAGAAAUGAGUGGGUUUAGUGUACAAGCUCGUAAAAUUACACAUGACAAUGAUGGACAGUGUGUUAUGUUGCCAAUGGCAACAGGGAUUAACUCCCUUAACUCAUCAGUUACUGCUAGCAUUUUAUUGUAUGAAAUUCAUAAGCAGUAUACAAUGAAAGACAGGAACAAUGAUGGUGUGGAGAAUAAAAAGUCAUAUUAAAAAAACUCUUCAAAGA